AUGUCUUCGUCUUUGAUUGCCCCUGCGGAUUCCGACUACGUUCUCGAGGACUUCGAGGCUAAGGGCUACACUAUCAAGCAGCUCCAGCAGGAGGGCAUUAUUCCCUUCAGCUCUGACCUUGUGGGCUACGCUGUGCCCACGCCUGGCCUGGCCAAGCAGGGCUUCUCUGAAGUGUACCACAACAAGGCUGUUACCACGAUGAAGAAGUACUUUGCUCCUGGUUACGAGACGUACCACGGUAUGAUCACGAAUACCGUGAGGAAACACGCUGACUUGCCAGCAUUGGCUCUGAGAAAGUACGACUUCAAGGCGCAAAAGUCUGCUCCUACUUAUGAGGCCAUUACUUAUGCUGAGAUGGACGAGAAGAAGAGAGCUUUGGGUUCGGGUUUGUUGUUUCUUUUGCAAAACAACCCAUUCAGAGUUCCUGACCUUGACGCUCACGCCAAGAUCGAUACCCAUGCCCGGGAGUACCAGUCUUAUAACGCUCACAAGUUGAGUUUCAUUGUGACUCUUUUCGCCCAGAACAGAGCCGAAUGGAUCAUUUCCGAUAUCAUGUGUGCUUCUUACAGUCUUACCAGUACGGCUCUUUACGACACUUUGGGCCCUGGUACUUCCAAGUACAUUUUGGAGCUUACCAAGUCUCCUGUGGUGAUUGCCUCUGGUAUUCACAUCAAGACUUUGCUUGAUUUGAAGCGUACCGCUCCUAAGGAGCUCGAGUCGCUUAUCUGUUUGGUCUCCAUGGACCCAUUGCACGAGAUUUUCGGCGAACAGGGUAAGGCCAAGCUUGUUGAGGAAGCCAAGGCUUUGAACAUUAUGCUUUACGACAUGGAAGAGGUUUGCCAGGUUGGCCGUGUCUUCCCUCACGCUGAAUUGCCUCCUAAGCCAGAAACCACCUACACCAUUUCUUUCACUUCUGGUACCACCGGUUCCAAGCCAAAGGGUGUGGUUUUGACCCACAGCAACCUUACCGCUGCCGUGGCUUUCCUUGUGUGUCAGGUUCCAGACAUUGACGAAAUGAGAGAUUUCUGUUUCUUGCCAUUGGCCCACAUUUUCCAGCGUCAUUGUGUGGCCAAUUCCUUGAUGGUGGGUGCUGUUGUCGCUUUCCCUCAACUCGGUGGCUCACCAUUGACCCUCUUGGAGGACUUGAAGCUCUUCAAGCCAACCUACAUGUCUAACGUGCCCCGUGUGUUCACCAAAUUCGAGGCCGCCAUCAAGAGCGCCACCAUUCACUCCAACAGCGCCAUCGCCAAGAGGUUGUUCACUCGUUUUAUCACCAACAAGAUGGACAAGCAAGCUUCUGCCGAGAACGAGAAGGGCACCAACUGGCUCUACGACCAUGUGCUUGCUCCUAAGCUCAAGAAGGCCUUGGGUUUCGACAACAUGGUCUGGACCGUCACUGGGCUGGCCCCAAUUUCUCCUCUGACUGUGAAGUUCUUAAAGGCUGCUUUGAACAUUGGUUUCUCUCAGGGCUACGGUUUGACCGAGACUUUCGCUGGUAUCAGUUUCAGUGUUCCUUACGAAAAGGAACCUGGUUCCUGUGGUGCCGUUGGUGUGGCCACCGAGAUUUGUUUGCGUGAUUUGCCUUCCUUGGGCUACUCUGUCGACAACGAGAGCCCUGCCGGUGAGUUGCUUAUCCGUGGUCCUCAGGUCUUCUCUCAUUACUACGAGAACCCAGAAGAGACCAGCAAGGCUUUGCAGGAUGGUUGGUUCUACUCUGGAGAUGUUGCUAGAAUCGACAGAACCACUGGUCGUUACUACAUUGUGGACAGAGUGAAGAACUUCUUCAAGUUGGCCCACGGUGAGUACGUCACCCCAGAAAAGGUCGAGAACAACUACCUUUCCAGUAACUCCAUUCUUACCCAGGCUUUCGCCCACGGUGAGUCCGUGCAGAGCUUCUUGGUUGGUGUUCUUGGUAUUGACGAGGCCAAGACCCGUGACUUCUUGAUCAAGAAGUGUGCUGUUCCAGCCUCUGCAUUGAUGACCAGCGAAGCCAUCUUGGAACAGGCCAACCACCGUGAGAACAAGACUAUUUUGCUCGAAGACUUGAACAGAAACGUCGAGGGACUCUUUGGCUUCGAGAAGCUUCACAACAUCUACUUAGAGUACGAGCCAUUGCGUCUUGAGAGAGACGUGGUGACCCCAACCAUCAAGAUCAAGCGUCCUAUUGCCGCCAAGUUCUUCGAGGAACAGAUCAAGAACAUGUACGCUGAGGGCAAGUUGACGGAAACAAAGACCAAGAUUUAA